GAGAAGAUUUAGGUCAUGAGUUUCAUUGAUUGGAACUUGCACCUUUUGUUACAAACUCUGGUCUACUCCCAAGAUCAUGAGAUGUUAUCUCAUCUCAUCAUGUAGCCAUCGUUUCCAUCCAUUCAGGAAACAUGAGAAACGGAAGAAAAUGACAAGAUUUAAGAAUUAUAUUAAAAGCACCUUGUCUUUUAUUAUUCCUCUUACCAUGUUGUUGAUGUUGUCUCAGAACCGCGAAUCUCUCUCAAUUUAUGAUUAAAAAAAGUAGACACGGUGUGUUGACUUCACCAAAUACAAUUAUUUGCAAUGCCAUCAACCAUUUCAAAGACAUUGAUCUGCUCAUUGUUAACCAUCAUCUCAGUUAUAUGCCAAGAACUCACUGAAUCCUUGUACUUUCUCAAGCACCAUGACACAAUCUAUACUAUUUAGCAGUGGAAUCGAGCUUGCGCCUUUUGUGAUAAGCUCGGGACUUCUUCGUAGAUCAUGGAAUGUUAUCUCAUCUCAACAUGAAGGCAUCAUUUCAAACGUCGGAGUGGGACUGUCAUGGAAAGUUUAUAAAGAACCGGAUACGGAUGUGGUGAUUGUAGCGUUUGAGGCCACCACAGAUUCUUCUAAUCUUCAACCUGAUUUGGUUUCAUCUUCUGAACUCAAGGAGAAUAAUAUCCUUCACUUUGAUUUUCUGUGUAGCAAGAAAAAUCCAGUUUUCUCUUUUAACAGCACUGCAGUUUCACUCUUCAAUGAAAAUUUUCAGAAGAUUGAUCAGUUGAAAUCUGAGAUUAAUACUUCCAAGUUAAUUGUUACUGGAGAUGCUCUUGGAGGGUGUAUUGCUUCUCUCUUCACGAUAUCAGACUCCUUUGGUUCAGGAAAGAAGCGCCCACUCUGCAUCACAUUUGGUUCACCCCUUGUUGGUGACAAGAAAUUGCAACAAGCCAUAUCCCUAGGGGUGAAAUGUAAUUCUUGCUUUCUACACGUUGUGUCACACAAAGAUCCACUUCCAAGUCUCUUCAUUACGAAUUCAGCCAGUGCCUACGUGCCUUUCGGAACAUUUCUAUUGUGUUCUGAUGCAAGUUCUACUUGUUUUGACAACCCUGACUCUAUUCUGGAACUUCUCGUGACAUUGGGCUCAAUCCAUGCUCAAAAUGAAGGAUUUCAAUCUGCUGAAUACGGCAAUAUAGUGGGAAAUCACAAUCUUGAAGCAAUCUGCUAUGAUUUUACAGCAAAGUCUGAAGACUCAACUCAUCCAGCAGAUUCUCUAGCAAGUAGUAUCAGUUUGCAGUUACAGGCACUACAAUUGACACCACGUAUGCAGCAACAACAAAAACAGAAUAUUUACAUCAAUAUUCUGGAAACAAAGAAACAGCAGAGGUGGAAAUCAUUUGAUCCAUUCAAGCAAUUGACUCAAAUCAAGUUUUAUAUUUCUGUACUUGAAUGGUACAAGAGGGAAACUAAUAAUGGGCCAAUAGGGUGCUAUGACAGCUUCAAGAACAAGAACUCAACAUCGGACCAUGAUGUUAUUUAUUUUCAUAAAAAGCUGACAUUUUACUGGGAAAAGGUUGUUGAAGAAGAAAACAGGAUGCCUCGGAGAGAAGGUGCAGCUUUUCGUAACCGCUGGCUCUAUGGUGGGACUGCUUACAGGAGAAUGGUUGAACCCUUAGCUAUUGGCGAAUACUAUAAAGAUGGGGGUGAAGACUAUGUGACCAAGGGAAGGUCUGAACACUUCAAACAGUUGGAGGAUUGGUUAAAGGAAGCGAUGUCUUGGGUAAAAAGGGAUUUUGAGAGUACAAGUAAGAAGAAUGUGAAAGCUAUUCUCACCAAAGAUUCAUGCUUUUGGGCACAUGUGGAAGAGGCUAACCUUUCAUGCAAAGAGUUGAAGGGCAAAGAGAAAGAAGAGGCAUCGAAGAAAUUGGUUGAUUUUGAGGAGUAUGUUUAUGAGUUGCUUAAGAAUUAUGCAGUGUCCCCUGAGAUUUUCUUGGAAAAAAGUAGCUUUAUGCGUUGGUGGGUUGAGUAUAAAGGAAUUAAGGGAACUUCAUAUAGUUCACCACUCACCAUCUUCAUGAACGAUGCUAGAAACCGUGAGCAGUAUGCUUUGGGAGCCUAUGAUUUCCCUUGAAGUAUGAUAACUAGCCAAAUAAUGAAGUGUGUAUCUCAGUGUAAUAGAGAACUAUGUAAUAUAAGUGUGUGUCUAUGCGUAAUAGAUUAAGGUUUACAUUGCAAAGCUAAUAACUCUUGUUUUUGGAAGCCUUAUUAUUCGAAGUGGUUUGGUUUCUUUCUGUUGAUUGAUGUAUUUAGAAGAGAUUUUCAUAGGGACAGGGGGCAGUUGCUCUUGCCCCUCCAGAUCUUUUUCACUCUUAUGUUUCA